UCUUAACAACUGUGUUUCCUUUUAAAAAGUCGUUUUCUUUCAAGUCCACGUGUAUACAUGCCUUACAGCCUUAGACACCAACUCACCAUAGACAACAAUAAAUGUGAGAUACUAAUAAUAACUAAUGUUUCCGUAGCCAAAAUGCUUAGCUUCUGCUGAUCUGAAUCACAAUGGCGGCAGCAAUAUCUCCAUCUCUUUUAAUUCUCUUGGGUUUUAUCGUCUUCAUAGGAAGCUUUUCUGAAGGAAGUACAGAAGAAGUUGGUAUAUAUGAGAUCAGGAAUGGCAACUUCUCUGUAAAGAUCACAAACUAUGGUGCAACUGUAAUCUCUGUUAUCCUCCCUGAUAAAAAUGGAAAACUGGAAGAUGUAGUUCUUGGGUUCGACUCGGUCGAUGAUUACAAGAAUAACAAAGCUUAUUUUGGUGCCAUACUUGGGCGGGUAGCUAACAGGAUUGGAGGAGCAAAAUUCAAACUUAAUGGCACUGUGUACAAAUUGCCAGCAAAUGAUCAUGGAAACACUCUCCAUGGGGGGACCAGAGGAUUUAGCUAUGUGGUAUGGAAAGUGGAAGAUUACAAGAAGGACCAUCAUCUCACUCUGUCCUAUAACAGCUCUGAUGGAGAACAAGGAUUCCCCGGGGAGCUUUCUGUGAAGGUGACCUAUAUGAUCAUCGGCAAAAACAAACUUAUCCUAAGAAUGAAAGCCAA